CACCAGAAAAUGGUGUAAACUUGGAAGAAGAAAAAAGAAUCCAUUUUCUACAUCAAAGCAGAUGUAACCAAGCUUUAAAACACACGAAGAUGCCAACCAGACAGAGGAAAAUAGCCAUUAUGGGCUUCCGAUCUGUCGGAAAAUCCUCUGUCACUAUACAGUUUGUCGAGAACCACUUUGUGGACUCCUAUGAUCCGACGAUUGAAAACACAUUUCAGAAAAACCAGAAGAUUAAUGGUCAGGAUUACAUGCUUGAUGUUGUAGAUACUGCAGGACAGGAUGAGUACUCCAUUCUACCUCAGACUUACUUUAUGAGUAUAGAUGGUUAUAUACUCGUGUACUCUGUCAACUCGCGUAAAAGCUUUGAUGUUGUCAAGGUGAUUUAUGACAAACUGUUGGACAUGAAAGGCAAUAUAAAAGUGCCUGUUAUACUAGUGGGGAACAAGAGGGAUGUAGCUGAGCAGUUUCCUGGUGAGAGGGCGGUGCCAGAAGAUGAAGCUAAAAGUCUUGCUAAGGAGUGGGAUGUUCCCUUCAUGGAGACAUCAGCCAAGGAGCAUGAGAGUGUAAAAGAAGUGUUUUCCAAAAUCAUCAUGGCAAUCGAGCGAGUGGAAGGAAAUGAGCCAGAGAAACCCUCGUGUAUACUGUCAUAGUGAUCGUUUAGCACACCAUCAUACAAAUCUAUAGUAAACAUGACCUAAGAAAUUUUACACAUGUGAACUAAUAUAUGACAUCACACUGACUUCAUCUGUGACAUCACGCUGAUUUUAUCUGUGACAUCACUUUGUGACAUCACAUUAUGACAUCACACUGAUAUCACAAAGUGAAAUUACAUUGUGACUUCAUCUAUGACUUCAUGCCCUGAUGUCACCUGUUACACAAUGCUGUGAUGGUAUCAUCUGUUCACACCUGUAGAGCUAUCUUAUGUAAGGUAUUAUUUGACCUACUAACAAGGAUUUGUCUCCCUAUUGACUGGUUUUGUGUUUGUUGGGGAUGAUUAAUUUGGUGUUGUUGCUGUAUUUCAGUAUUUUCAAGUCUUACCAAUCAGUUUUUUGUUGUUAAAAAUAGAAAUUUGUAUUAAAAUACAUGUAAGUACUCUAUUGAUAAAACUUGUCAAAAUUGGAGACACAGAUCAAUAAAUCUAAUAUGUAAAAUAUAUUACUGUUGGGCCAAGUAAUUCACAUUCAAGAGAAGAUAUUUGCAUGAGAAUCUUGUACAUGUAUUUCAGGUCAGAAAAUGAAUUGGUGUUUUGUAUUUCACGAACAUGUUACAGAGGUCCUUCUUCAAGGACAGAAAUCGUUAACACAGAUAACAAAUGAAAUGAUGAUACUAUGUGUCAUUGUACAUGAUUUUUGAUUGGUUGUUCAAGUGAAGUAUUGUCAUCACUACUGAUUAAUUUGUUUAAUUUCUGGGGGCUAAUAUUUUGUCUCAGUUUGGUUCAUUUCACAGGGAUUAAGUUUUGCUCAUGUCUAUGAGCUGGUGUCCAUGUAAACAGACAGAUAUUUGGUGAGAUAUUGACUGUACAAAUUUUAGCUGGGUAUAUAAUUUAACUCUAUCUUUGUUAACUGCAAAUAUAGUUAAAUUAAAUCUCCUGCUAAUAUAACCACCCAUACCUUGAUAGAAUGUAUUUUUAGUACAAACAAACAUGUAUUAACAAACCAAUGUGGCUGAUCAUGAAGCUCUGUAAGAUUUUAAAUAUGAAAUAAUGAAGCAUUAUAUCUCUGUAAAACAUAAGGAACCAUUUAAUAUCUUAACAGUUGAUACUGAUGUCUCCAAACGACUUUCAUUCAAUAUAUACUGUGAGACUAUAAAUUGGUCCAAAAUGUCUGCCAAUGGACAAGUUUUGUAUGUUGAUUUAUUGUUGGUGUUUCAUUCCUGUGUAGUGAACAGAAUGUAGGCAUGAAUCAAUCUCCUGUCACUUUCCGUUUUGAUUUAUAUAUCAGAAAUGUGUAUGUUUCCUGACAUCAGUUAAGGAACUGAAUGGUAUUUUGUAUGAAAUGAAGUUUGUGAUGUAAUAUUGAAAAAAUUGAAUAGUGAAACAAAGAAAAAAAAAGAUGCCAUUAAAGGACUGCAGUAAUUGGUAUUGAUUGAUUUAGGUCUUAUAGUUGGUGUAAAUGGAUGUAUUUUAGCAGAAUCAAAUUAUCAGGCAUCAAUUUUGAACAAAUUAGCACAGUGAUGAAUUAGUUUGCAAAAAUAACUUCAUUACUGAUAUAUAGAAACUGGAAUUCGUACAAUCAUAUUACUGCACAAUAUCUUAGGUGCAAAAAAUGUUAAAAUUGAUUACAGUUAAAAUGUGUACCUUUAUAGUCUAAGUUAUUACAGUAAGAAAGAGUAUGAAUUUCUCAAUCAUAAUUUCUCAUCUUAAGUCAUUAAAAAGUACUAAAAAGGAGAGAAAAUAAGUCAGAUCAUGCUAAAUUUUCACCUAUUUGGGUAAUUUAUGUCAUUAGCAAUGUAAAUGUAGUGACUUUUACAGAAUCUGAUUGUUCUGACUCCAUGUUUCAAAUGUGGUUUAUUGAGGAGUUACUUCCCUUAGAGGUUUUAUGACCAUUUCUAGUGAGAACAUUUCCCGUUUUCAAUAUCCUUUAUUAGAAUUCUUAUUUUUUGUUUGUUGUAUUUGGUAAACUUGUAUUUACAUUGGUACAAUGGUUCUCAGCAGUAUAUUCUUUAUCAUUACCUUUUCGUGUGGUAAUGAUAUGCAAAGAUAAACAAAAAUAAAGACAAUUAAAAAGAAUUGUUAAGAUUCACUCCGAGUGCUGCAAUUAUAAUUUUCAUGAUAUCAAUGAAAAUUUGGGAUUUAAAAACCAAUAACUGAAAGUAAAAUUUGAUUCAUUUAUUUCCUGAAACAGAACAUAGUACAUCACUUUAAAUAGCAGGUUAAUGUGAUUAUAUACAAAUUUCAUAAAUGAUUAAAAAGAUUUUUUUUGUUCAAACUAAUCGCCGAAUCAGCCUUAGUUUGAAGUUUUGAAAAAUCCUUAAUUUUAAAAACCACCAUGUGAUUCAGUUUUAUAAUUGUCGCACUAAUACAUGUCCAGCUAGUCAGACUCACUACAUAUAGAUACAAUAAAGAUGCUGUAGAUGAAGAUAAGCAUAGAUCCAGCUGUCUGUUUGCUUUCUCUAGGAGUGCUAAUACAAAGACAACUGCUGCUUUUAAUCUCACACAUGUUAGUUUGUACAAUAUCCCCUGCUUCUGUAAUCAGUAAUAAUCUUUGUCUCAUAUUGGUUUUUAUUUAUGAAACUAAUACUUAUAUUCAGGGAUGAUCUUAAUAAAAGUAGCAACAGUGCAGAAUAAAAAUUGCUCUCAAGAAUCAGGGAAAAAACCUGAUGAAAAAAGUGUAUUAAAAAAGCAUCAUUAAUGUGAAAAAGAAAUUGUGUUAGACUAAUAAAAAAUCAAAAUAUACAGACUAUAAAAUAAUAUGUUGUGAGGUUAAACAGAAUUAAGGGUAGGAAGUCAUUUACAGUAUUAGGUGUCUCUUGCCAAACGUUCACGAUGUUUUUAAUUGUUGUGUGUAGUAGUGUUAUCUCCCUUGUUUUUUCUGUCUGAAGUUUAGUGAUGUUUUCAUUUUCUGUUAAAAAUGCUGAUGAGUUUAUGCUUCCACAAUUUCCUAGGGAAGUUGAAGAGUAUAUAUGGUAUUACCUAUGUUCGUGGUAUAUAUAGUGUUACCUAUGUUUGUGUGUCUGUCCUGUUCAAAAUGAUUGUUAUAUUUCAAGACUCACUGGACAUUUUUGGCUCAUAUUUACUCCAUAAUACCAUAACAUUCCAUACCUGAUCGGAUUCGGGCGGUAAUUAGUUUAAGUUUAAAAGUCAGAAGCCACAUUUGAAAAUUCUUCAAAUUUAUGGAACAAUGAUAUUGAUAUGUAUGGAAGCAGAAGCAUUCUUAAACAUUUUCUACUUUAGACAAUGUAGUUGUAUUUGUUUCUUUGAGAAUUAAAUGCAAUUUGAUUUUUUUUCUUUUCAAUUUUUGAAAAUAAUGACAGUAGAAGAAAACACUGCCUUGCUAGCUUGAUGUUCCAAGCCCUAUGUUAUACACUGUUUAUUGUAUUAUGAUAGUAGUAAGUAUGUAACUUUUACUGUGAACAGACAUUGAUUAAACAAAUGUUUUAUUAGAAGUUUUGUAAUCAUAUUCAGAUCUUAAAUACAGGACAUUUCACUUCUUCAUUAUUGUACAUAUAUAAACUUGAAAAAGAAAAAAAAUAGCAUCAUUCUUGAUUAUAGUUUUUUUAGUUGCGGUAAUAUUCCAGCAUCAUUCUUUUGAUUUAAAAUUCAUCUCUCUGUUAUGAACAUGUAUUUCUUUUGUUUCUGCAAGGAUUUCCUAUUUUGAUCCUCAAGUCUGACUGCACUCCUUAGUUAAGUCAUCAUUAUUCCUGAUAAAUGACAUAAGUGUGUUGAUAAGAUAAUAAUUGUUUGUUUGAAGUGUGUUUAUUAGGUAGAGUUUUUUAGGCUGUAGUUUAUAAGACUUGCUUAUACAUUUAGUAAAAUUGAGUUCACCUUGCUUAAUGUAACUACAUGUUGUUGGUUAAUGUCACUGAUUGAUUAUUAUCACUGAUUGGUUAAUAUCACUUAAUGGUUAAUAUCAUGUGGUUUUAUUGAACAUCUCUUAAUAUCAUGACCUUUUGUUGAAGUUUCCAGUAUCUUACAGACCUACAAGGCAAUGAACUCCUGGUCCACAGAUUUAUAAAAGAUCUCUAUAAGAAAACCUUGCAAGUGGUUAAAAGAUUUCUGCAUUUUUUUUUUUACUUUUUCACUUAAAUUCAUUAUUAACUGGGAUAUGUAUACAAUAAAACACUGCUUUCUAUUAAAAAACAUGACUUCAUGUAAUCAUGCUACAAUUUUUUUAUUUAGAAAUAUAUUAUUUUGUACAAGUUGCCAUUAAUUAUAAGAGGAAUGUGUCUGUUAUAUUCAACAUAUACUUGAAGGCAUAUCAGUAUCAUCCUUUGUCAGUUCUUGUCCUUGUCCUUACUCCAAAGCCUCCUUGGAUAUUCUCAGACACUCUUUUGAUAAUCUGUUAUCGCAAAAGUUUGCAUAUACUUAACCUCAUGGAAUGAUGUUAUAUACCAUACUUAUUUGGUAAUAAGUCCAUGCCUGGUAAUAAACCCACUCAAAUCUAGCUGUAGAUAUACCAUACCAUCAAAUCAUUUUCCUGUAAUAAGUCCCAAUUUAGAGGCGAUACCCCCACGACCACCAUCACCACUAAACACACACACACCUGCCACCACAGGUUUAUUGUGGGGUAGAAACUCCUCACUUGUUGCCUACUUUAAAUGGAGGGAGUACCCUAUAUUAUAUGUAAUAAUGUUACACCCAGGUAACCCUUAUUUUGGUAACAAUUGAUAUGCUACAUAUUGUUUCACUCCUCUUUAUCGUGAAGGAAGUUUUAACAUGUGAAAUAGUGUAUUUGAUAAAGUAUUUUUAUCAUAUUAAAUUUAUCUUAUAUACUUUAAUACAGGUGUGUAAUUUAGCUAUGGAACACCUAUAACUCUCACACUUGUUUUCACCAGUGACAAUACUGAUGAAAAUUUCACAGCAGUGUUAUAUCUGGUGUCAAUUCUCUGUUUUGCAGACUAGAUAUAUCAGAUAACAGGUUUUAUCCAGCUCAUUACUAAAGGAAUCAGAGCUGACUAGAUAUAUCAGAUAACAGGUUUUAUCCAGCUCAUUACUAAAGGAAUCAGAGCUGACUAGAUAUAUCAGUAUUAGAUGUAAGUUACCAAAUUAUUGAGCGUAUUUUAUUUAAGGAUUAACAUGUAGGUACCAGACCCACUGUCAGGAUACAAAAUCGUAAAACAUCUAACUCGUUUGGAUAUUACUACUGAGAUGUUAAGCAUUUAUUUAGUAGAUAUAAACAUAUCAAAGACUCUAAAAAGGUCAAGAGGAGUUAUCCACUGCAUAGGGACUUGGUACAUGUUCAACACUCAUACUCUGUUGUAAUAUAAGUACCGACCAUUGUGGAGGAGAAGUACCCAGCCCCUGUGGUCCAGUAUGUUGUAUUUUCAGUGUGAAUGAUUGUAAGUCAGCAUAAAAGGUACAACGAAGUCAAAAGUUGAUGAAAGGGAGAUAACUGUUCACAUGUAUAUGAAUUGAGACACUUUCAAAUACAUGUAUUUAUUUGUUUUCAAAAUUCUUAGAAGACAAUUAGGUAAUUAAUUCUUUUCAACUUUAACUUUCUUCUCUACUUAAACUUUCUAGUCAUGCUACAUUUAUGUUUAUUUGUAUUGAACUGAAAGAGCUCAUUGGAUGAGGUUUAAGUGUAUAUAGUGAUUGUACAGUAUAACCAUUAUUGAAUAACCAAGUGACAUCCAAACACACCUCAAGAAGUAGUAUCACCUUAUCACUGGUGUCAUGAACUGUGUGUUAAUUUUAUGAGGUAUGAUUUUUUUUUCUGGAAAACAAGUUAUCUCCCCUGUGUAUGGUUGUACUGUCAUACCAACAUAUUGUAAAAAUAUCAUCCAUGAAACAUCAAUAAAAUGUCAAUAUUUUC